UGCUUCAUGGAGUUUUUAAAUUGUUGCAGCUGCCGACAGACUUACAGGGCUGUCAAAACAGUCGCGAGGAAGAUCGCGUGACUGCUGUUUAGGGGGGGGCUGAAAAAAUGAGGACAAGCGAGUUUGACUCUUCAUCUGAAGAUGAGGUCGGAGAAGAGGAGCUGACUCCACUGCACAUCUCCUGGUUGCCGCUAUCCAUAGUAGGGUGCCCGCAGUUUCUUGGAAUAUGUGCACUACCAGGUUGCAAAUACAAAGAAAUCCGCAGAUGUCUGCAAAGAGAUAUUGAGGAGCUCCAGAACCAGGGGGUGCAGGAUGUGUUUGUUUUCUGCACAAGAGGAGAGCUUAGCAAAUACAGGGUUCCCUCACUACUGGAGGUCUACCAGCAGCGGGGCUUCAGGGUUCACCACAUGCCUUUUCUAGAUGGAGACGCACCUGAGCUGAACCAGUGCUGCCAGAUCCUUGAUGAGCUGCAGAUCAGCCUCAAGAAUGACAGGAGGACGGUGAUCCACUGCUACGGGGGCCUUGGACGCUCAGCAUUAAUCGCUGCCUGCCUGCUGCUUCAGCUCUCUUCCACAAUGACGCCAAACAAAGCCAUCGAAAUCCUCAGGCACCACAGAGGAGGAGGAGCAAUACAAACAGUGAGGCAAUACAACUUCCUUCACGAGUUUCGGGAAAAGUACACAGCCUACCAAAGUGAAAGUGAAGCUCGCUCAGAGCGCUCGGUGUCUCGGUGAUUACUGCUCCUUUCUACAGAGCUGGAAGUCUCGAGUUCCUCAAGCUUGCUUGUUUGCCAGUGAUGCUUUCCUGAUUGUGUGGUGGUAUGAUUAUAUUCUUGAGAUAUGCACUUUAGAAUGAACACUGUAAUAUAUUGCUUUUUAUCAUCCUCAUUAUAAUUAAUUAAAGACUUGAUGAGGAGAUACUGCUUUAUGUUAUUAGAUGGAAAAUGUUGUUUCGUUUAUAUUGCAAAUAAAAUAAUGGUGUGUGUUAGAAGUGCUAUGUCAGCUGGGCAAUAUAUGUGUGUACUUUCCAAUGGUCUUUUUAUUUAAGGGGAAUAAAACUGCACAACAGCUUUUCAGACAUCAAGUCUGUCUCUAAAUGUGAAGCUUAUCAGUUAUUUCUAAAAUUUCUAAGUUACUUUCUUCAUUGAAACCAGAAAUUACUCAAAUGGGGUCUUUGUGAACUAAAUCUAAUGAUGAAAUUAGGCUUGUAUGAACUGUAAUGGUUCCUUCCUUGUAGCACAAAAUCUAAUGCUGCAAAGUUAUGUUUUAUUUUUCAUCGUAUUAAAAUAUCCCACAAUUUA